AUGGCAAUUUUAGCUAUUGGAAGGAUAGUUUUGAUAACGUCGCGAUGUAAUACUGCUUUGGAUAAUAUUCUCAUCACUGCUCUGAACUGUUUUGGAUUCUUGAGGCGGCCUGAUUACAUUUUGUGCUGCUUUGAUUUGCUACUACUGCUGCUGCGAACUUCAAGUCCACAUAUGAAUGCUUUGACCAGCAGCCGGCUAUCAUCUCAUGGCUCUAACAAGAUUCAAGGAUCGCUUCCUGUUCCACCACCAAGCAUUGUUUUUUAUGAUGCUCGCGAUAACGCGUUGAUGGGAGCAAUUCCACUGUCAAUAUGCCACAAGAAUUCUCUUCGUAUGCUUGAUUUGCCCAACAACAAUUUAAAUGGCACAAUACCUCCAUGUUUGGCCAGUUCUAGUGAGGAUCUUCUCACGUUGAAUCUAAGUUACAAUAGUUUCCACAGAAAUAUUCCUUCGACAUUCACAAUGAAUAGUCAAUUGGGCAAUAUUGGGAAUCCCGAAAACAAUUCAACAUUUCCAAAGCUGCGGAUAGUUGACCUCUCUUGCAAUCACUUUUCAGUACUCAAUGAAAGUGCUCAACAAAGGGACAAAAAGGUUAUACGAGAGGUGGUGGUUGAUUUCUCAAGCAACACAUUCGUUGGGGAUAUCCCAGAAUCCCUUGGAACUCUCAGUGGGCUUCUAUUUCUAAACACUUCCAACAACAAACUUACCGGCGCUAUCCCAUUAUCGUUGGCAAAAUUGAUGGAACUGGAGUCGUUGGACCUAUCCCAAAACCUGCUCUCUGGACAGAUCCCUUGGGAACUGACCCAACUCACUUUUCUAUCAAUCUUAAAUGUUUCUCAUAAUCAACUCACUGGCCCUGUACCUCAAGGGAAACAAUUCGAUACAUUUGAAAAUAGUUCAUAUGAUGGGAAUUCAGGAUUGUAUGGUGUCCCAUUGUCGACGUUAUGUAGAAAUUCAAUGACCUCACCUCCACCUCCGCCUAUCUUUCAAGAUUAUGAUUUUGAGUUUUCAAGAGGUAUUUAUUGGGUGGUCAUAGCCUUGGGAUAUGGAAGUGGGCUAGUAGUUGGGUUUGUUAUUGGGACAACUCUGACCAGAAGCUACAUAAUAUUGCAGUUAUAUCUUUCAAUUACUCAUGGUCUUGUCACGUAUCGCCCAUUAUGCCCUGAAAAUGAGAGCAGAGCCUUGCUGCAGUUCAAGCAUAAUUUUGUCAUCGACAAGUCUGCUUCUUUUGACACUUCUGCUUACCCAAAACUUGAAUCAUGGCAGCUACUUGAUGGAAAGAGCAACGGUUGCUGCUCAUGGGAUGGCGUCGAGUGUGACCACGACACCGGUCAUGUGAUCGGUCUCGACCUCAGUAGUAGCUUUCUCUACGGUUCUAUUAACUCCAACAGCAGCCUAUUUGCCCUUGUCCACCUUCGUAGCCUAAACCUUGCCGAUAAUAGGUUUAAUUUCUCUGAAAUACCGUCCAGAAUUGGAAAUCUUUCGGGGCUAACAAGUCUCAAUCUAUCCAACUCUGAAUUUUUUGGUCAGAUUCCUUCAGAAAUCUCAUCUCUUUCCAAAUUGGUUAUCCUGGAUCUUUCACUUAAAAUGGAUUGGUAUUCUGAAAGUCUUUUGAAACUUGAAAAACCCAGUCUAAGAGACCUAGUUCAAAAUCUAACCUACCUGAAAGUUCUUGACCUUUCUAUGGUGAACAUAUCUUCUUCAGUGCCAAGUGUCAUGUCAAAUAUAUCCUCUUUGACAACUCUUUAUCUUAUUCUUGAGGCAGCUUCGAACGAAAAUCUCAACGGCUCUCUACCUGAAUUUCAAAGUAGCAGUCGCCUUAAGUUUAUCUGGGACGCUUCCAUCUUCUUUGGGCAAUCUAACUCGGCUCACUGA